AUGUCCCUUAUAAAAGUUUCGGACUUAACACAACCUUUAUAUGCUGAUCAAACUGAGUCUGCCUCAACAGACCACGAGGAGAUAAAAACCACUCCAAAUGUGUCAUGCAGACAAAGAAUUUUUUCAUGCUUAUUUUCUUCUUCAAGAAAAGCAGAAAUCAGUCUUUUAAGCUCAGGAUGCAUAGGGGCAGGGUUUUAUUGUUUGGACUUUUUAUUUAGAGAGUGUGGAUUAAUCCUUGGAUCAAUAAUUUUUACGACAACAGGACUGACUUUUGUGUAUUUUCAAGAUGUGAUUAGGUGGGGUCUGAAUUCUACUCAUGAAUCAAACUUAAUGACUAUGAUUUAUCAUCUCUAUGGAAAAAGGACAAGGAAAUUUAUGAAAAUCUGCUUAGGCUUAAGCAUUUUUGGACUGCUGUGUUCCAAUCAAGCAUUUGCAGCAGGAUUUUUUAAGGAAAUUUUAUUUACAGCAAGUAGCUAUCAGAUUGAAAAUAAUUACUAUCAGAUGCUUCUGAAUUUUUGCCUGGUAUUAAUAGUUCUAGCCUUAGGGGUAUUUAAACAGAAGACAAUAAUAAAAUAUUUUUCAGUGGUUUGCUGGAUUUCAGUUUUCUAUUUGACAUCAAUUGUAUUGGUGCAAAUUCCAUUUUAUUUUGAAGGAAUCAUUGAGAUGCUGACAGAAUCUAAACCAAUAACGAUAAAUGCAGGAUUUGCUGAUAGUGCAACAGUGGUUGUUUAUACUUUUCAUGCACUGUUUACUAUUCCAAUGGCAUAUGAGAAUUUUAAGAAAGGGGCAUAUGCAGCUACUGAAAGUAUGAAAUAUGCUCAGUUUGGGUUUAGCUGUAUUUUAUUUUCUAUUUUAUUUUUAUUUUACUAUUACAACAGCAUCGCUGAAAGCUUAAGCACAGAAGCAAAUUGGCUUUUAAUUAUCGCAAAAAUGCUAUUUAUUAUAAUAUUGACAGUAAACACAGUUAUAAACUUGCACCAAUUCGCUAUGAUGGUGGUCGACAUAUUUCCAUGCAUUAGCUUUAGCCCUACCUCCUAUUUUCUCAUUAAAUUGCUUAUAUGUAUCCACCUAGGAGUUUGUGCUUACUUUUUCUCAAUCCCAUUUACAUACUACAAAGUGAUAGGAGGAACCACAGUGAUACUUUUUGACAUUAUAAUCCCCACCUUGGUAUAUUGAAAUGUUUCUAAUAACUACCCAGUAGUUAUAUCUAUAUCUCUUUGGAGUGUUUUACUUAUCCUUUUAGGUGUCUCCUCAGCAAGCUACGCAUUCACAGGUCUAUCAUAA